AGUAAGAACAGCCAAGUUUUCCUCUUAAUCAAACACGUGUCAUCUCAGAUUCGCUUGAAAUUGACCACUCCCUCUUUUGCUCCCGUUCUUAACCCGCCCAAAAGUCCAAAAUUACACCCAUAUCCGAACCUAAACUAAUCCCUGUCUCUCCGCCAGAAACAUUCUCUCAUUAAAAUCCACACGCACCAAUCAGCCCCCAGAUCUGCUCUCAUCUCAGACGAAAGCUUACAUUCUUAUGAUACAAAGUGAAAACAGACAAAACAAAGAAACAAAGGUCAGUAUUCUGUUAAGUGAGGGAGGGAGGGAGGUAGGGCUUCGCUCUUCGUCAUGGAGGAGAAGCUGAUUGCCAGGCUUGAAUCGGCUGUGGCGCGAUUGGAGGUGCUAUCUUCGUCGGGGUUUAGGGACCGUGGCGUUGCGGACUUUGGCGGAUCUGAUGUGUCCUCGGAUCCGUCAAUUAUUGCGUUCGACGAUCUCUUGGAGCAGUUCUUCGGUAGGGUUUCGGCUGCUGCUGAGAAGAUUGGAGGACAGGUUUUGGAGGUCACGAAUAUUGUGCACGAGGCUUUUAGUGUUCAGAAGGAGCUUCUCGUUAAGGCUAAGAAAACUCAGAAACCUGACCUUGCAGGGUUGGCUGAAUUUCUCAAGCCAUUGAAUGAAGUGAUCACGAAAGCAAAUGCAAUGACGGAGGGAAAGAGAUCUGAUUUCUUUAACCACUUGAAGUCUGCUGCUGACAGUCUGACAGCUAUGGCAUGGAUUGCCUAUACAGGAAAAGAUUGUGGUAUGAGCAUGCCUAUUGCACAUGUUGAAGAUAGUUGGCAAAUGGCGGAAUUUUACAACAACAAGAUUCUUGUAGAGUACAAAAGUAAAGACCCAAAUCAUGUUGAGUGGGCCAAAGCCAUGAAAGAAUUAUAUCUUCCAGGUUUGACGGAUUAUGUUAAGAGUCAUUAUCCCUUGGGCCCAACAUGGGGUGUUUCUGGCAAAGCACCAACUUCUUCUACAUCUAAAGCUCCUGCUCCUCCACCACCUCCACCAGCUUCUCUCUUCAGUGCCGAAUCUUCUCAGCCUUCGUCAUCAAAGCCAAAAGAAGGGAUGGCUGCUGUUUUCCAAGAAAUCAACUCAAGCAAGUCUGUGACUGCAGGUCUUAGAAAGGUCUCAGCUGAUAUGAAGACAAAGAACCGUGCAGAUAGAACUGUUGUUGUUAGUGCCAGUGAAAAAGAAGGCCGUACUAGUUCAGCUUCUAUUUCUAAGGCUGGACCUCCAAAACUUGAGCUUCAAAUGGGUCGUAAGUGGGUUGUUGAGAAUCAAAUUGGAAAAAGGAAUUUAGUAAUUGAUGACUGUGAUUCAAAACAGUCUGUAUAUAUUUUUGGAUGCAAAGAUUCUGUCUUGCAGAUUCAAGGGAAAGUCAACAAUAUAACCGUUGACAAAUGCACUAAGAUGGGAGUUGUAUUUAUGGAUGUUGUGGCUGCAUGUGAGAUUGUGAAUUGCAGUGGUGUUGAGGUGCAAUGCCAGGGUUCAGCCCCAACGGUUUCUGUGGACAACACAUCAGGCUGCCAGUUAUAUUUAAGCAAAGAUUCUUUGGGAGCAUCUAUAACGACUGCCAAGUCAAGUGAGAUCAAUGUUUUGGUACCAGGUGCAGACCCUAAUGGUGAUUGGGUGGAGCAUGCUUUGCCACAACAGUUUGUAAAUGAAUUUAAGGAUGGUCGCUUUGUAACUACUCCAGUCUCCCACUCUGGAGGUUAAUACUUACUGCGUUUCCAGUUUCUUAUUUUGUUUUCUAGGAUGGCUGACGGGUGGCUUCAACACAAAUUUUUUUUUAUCUCAUUGGUUCAAUUUGCUGAUACUCUUGGUUGUUCUCAUGUUUAUUCCUUGGGUAUACCAACAUUUGGAAAUUUCUGCAUUACAUUUUUUUGAUGUUUGUUUCUAGGCCUGUCUCGUUGUGAGGGUUUUGUGAUUCUGAUUGUGUUGUAACGAGAAACGAAGUUUUGUAUUAUUUUUGUAGAUUUUUCUUACCUAAA